AUGAGGCAGAAGGCCUGGACACUAACUACUAUCAUGAUAAUCAAAAUCGCAUCAGAAGAAUGUAACAUACAGGGGGAGAUUAUGGGACAGGGCGAUAAUCAGGUCAUCCAUGUCAAACUCAAUCAAGAACAGCAAGGACAGCCCCAUUUCUAUAUCAAACUUUUGUUAAAUAGCCUGGAUUACUUGUUCAGAGCAGCUGGAUUGUCUCUCAAGUUGCAAGAGACGUGGUAUUCUCAAAAUCUGUUCGAAUACUCCAAAGUUCGCUACUACAAGUCAAUCCGUAUUGACGAUAGUCUGAAACGUAUCAACAGAAUGAUCCCCGACAUUAAUGAAGGGUUCCCCUCAUUACACUCUCUGAUUACCGGAGUUUCAACUACAACCGAAAAUAUGUCUAGAAAUUAUGUGUCUCCUGUCGUUCCAUUUUUCUUUUACUCUUUGGAGUUGGGGAAUACGAUGAAAAGAAAGAAAAUCCUAAGUCUAAAAGCAAGAGAAACGGACAAGGUGUGUGCUCUCAUGAAUAUACCAUCGAUUUUAGGAGGACUACCACUAUCAAAUAUGUACCAGCACUGUCAAAGAGGAUGUCCAGAUCCACUCACAAUCUGGCUUAAAGUAAUAGAAGUGAUAAGGAAGAAGAGCCCCAAGAUCUAUAACACUAUUCUUCACCUGGUCCCUUGCAGAACAAAAUCGAUUUACGAUCCUGUGAAAUUGGUAGAAAACAUAUACAGUUUAAACAUCGUAGGUAUGCCUAAUUUCGAACGGAAUGCCAGAGAAAUAAUAGAAGAAUUCUUACCAACCUAUGUCACUAACCCCAAAGUAAUUCGCCUUCUGGGUGCAGACAGAUCAGACUUGGAAAACUUGUGCAACAUCCUAACAACUAUGAGGCCAUAUGUUGCUAACCUGGCACACGAAAUAUUGAGAAACUCAAAUGAGGGUGUUCAGCUUCAACUGAUAGGGAGUUUUUCUAAUCUGCAAACAAUUAACCGAAUGAUAAAUGAAGAUCCCUCUCGAACAGAAACAAUUUUCUCAUUGGGGAAAUUCAAAGAUGCGGAAGCAAUAGAGGUCCUUCAAAGAAGAUUGAAGAAAUCAGAACUUCCUGUCGAGGGGACUCAUCUUUAA